AAUAAAUGGUUAAAUAAAUCACAUAUUUAUGUUCAAUUGAGGUCAGAUUGUCAUAGUUCAACUCAAACUCAAACUCAUAGAUUCAAAUCUGUUUCAUAAAACUAUUGAUGUCGAGAGACUUUUGUGACAAAACCUCAUUCAAAAAACCUAAUAGAUUUAAUAUUAAAUUUCAUUCUGUGCACUGUUGAUUAGACCCGGAAAUCAUGGCAAUAAAGGUGAAGUCAUGCAAUCAUUUACUUUGGAUGGUUAGAUGAAAGUACAAAGAGAAACACUUAUUCUUGAAAUGAACCUGGACUAACAGGUUUUCACCUGGAAAAUCAAACCAAAGCCUUUCAAGAUGUAAAGACAAUUUGAAUAUAAACUUAAUCAGUUCCAGUGUCUAGUCAAACUUCAUUUCAAAACUCAAGUUGAAAUAACAAAAUAGAUAUUCAAUUGUUUCAAUUUGUUUCUCAGCAAUAUCAACUGACGCAGCAAAACCAAACAUGGUUGUGAAUAGUGAUAAAAUAUCAAAUGAACCCAGGGAAGAUUCAAGAUCGAUUGAUGAUGUUGAACAAUUACGUAAAGAGCUAAUCAACUGUCCAGAAUAUGCAUCUUGGGAUGAAGCUGACCAGAAAUUGAUAAGUCAAUCAAACUACGUGAUGAAAGCUUUUCUGGAAACUAAUUUGUCUUCUAAACGAGCCUUACAAUCAGCAAAGAAAUUAUUCUCAUGGAAAUUGGAAAAUAAAAUAAAUUCAUUGAAAGCUGAAAGUUUCCCGAAAGAAUUGCAUUCCAUUACUUUUGUUACUCUUGUACCUUCCAAUUGCGGCGGAACACCAACAUUAAUAUUACGAUUGUGUUUCCCUUCACCACCAAAAUAUCUGCUUCCACUUGUUUAUCAAUACGUUUCUUGGAGUGUCGAGAAAAUGAUUAAAAUUAUCGAUGUUAACCAUUGCAAGCCAAGAUUGAUUAUUGAUUGUGCCAAUUCAAAGAUUGAUUUGUUCAUCAUCAAGGAAAUUAUCAACAUUUUGGUCUUCAUUUAUCCUCCGUUUAUUGAAUCGCUGACAUUUUGUAAUAUGGACUGGAAAUUUAAAACCAUUUAUACAAUAAUACGAACUAUUCUGCCUGGAUUCAUUCGAGAUUUGAUUGCUGUAUCAGAUCACUCAGUUGUCAACCAGUUAACAACCAAAACAGAGGAUUUACCUUGUUAUUUAGGAGGAUCAAUUUAUAAUUGUACAUAUCAAGAGUGGGUUAAUUGUGUGAGCUUGAAAGAGUUUCUUGAAUUGAAAGGUUUUAAUGAUAAACAGAUUGAUGAAAGCAUCAAUUAUGUAACCAAUGUGAUCAAUAAGUUUGGUAAUGAUGCUCCAGUGAAGGCAAUACAUUGAAGUUUCAUUGGUUUUAAUUUUAAUUGAAUAAUUCAAUAAAAUUUCCCCUUUUAGUUGCUGA